ACAAGGCGUGCCUGGUUUCCCUGGUUACACUCUGCCGGUAGCCCUGAUUGGUCCAGGUCCUAAUCCCAUCUUCCGUCCCAACUGCGAGUGGUUGAGUCCUUUCGCGGGGCGCGGCGGUGGUAGGUGUCGCGUACUGGAUUCCCGAGCUGACGUGGCUUAAAUUUGGGAAGGGGGCAGCUGGAACCUCCGGCGGCAGCCUCUUCCAGUGCGUUUGUCCUCCUGGAGCGACGGAGAAACCCUCUUGGGUCAGUCCUGUCCUCUCGGCGAUGUUCCCUGAGUAGCCUGUCUAGGCCGGCCCGGGUACGCAGCAGCUGACGUCCGAGAGAACCUGCCGGGUCCUUGCGCUCAGGCCUUAAACAAACUUAAGUGUCCGGAAGGAGAGGCGGGACCCAAACAAAUCAAAAAGGUCUUGAGGGCGGAGAUCACAGAAGCAUUGGAGACAAUAACGCAAAAGAGGGCCUGUCAAAUCCUGCUAAUGAUUUGCUGGAGCGAUUCAGAGAGUAGUAUGCUCUAAGAUCUCAUCGACACUGAAAUCCCAGGAAUCAGAGAAAUGCUGAGCCGGUUGUCAGGAUUAGCAAAUGUUGUUUUGCAUGAAGUAUCAGGAGAUGACACUGAUCAGAAUAUGAGGGCUUCCUUAGACUCUGAAUUACCUCAGGAAUCUGACAUGGAAUUUAAUGAUAGAACACAAGAGGAUGUUGCAGAGCGCCUGGCUUAUGCAGAGCAGUUGGUGGUGGAGCUGAAAGAAAUCAUUAGACAGAAGGAUAUUCAACUCCAGCAGAAGGAUGAAGUUUUACAGGAAGAAAGAAAAGCUGCUGAUAACAAAAUAAAAAAACUAAAACUUCAUGCUAAGGCCAAAUUAACUUCUUUGAAUAAACACAUAGAAGAAAUGAAGGCACAAGGAGGGACUGUUCUGCCCACAGAAAUUCAGUCAGAGGAGCAACUCUCCAAGCAUGACAAGAAUUCUACAGAGGAAGAGGUGGAAGUAGAUAAGAUGAAACAUAAGCUCCAGGAGAAGGAGGAACUAAUUAGUAGUUUGCAAGCCCAGCUUACCCAGGCACAGGAAGAGCAAGCCACACAGUUUGAUAAGAGUUCAACAGAGAUGGAAGAAUUUUUAAUGAUGAAGCAACAGCUCCAAGAGAAGGAGGAUCUCAUUGGCACUCUGCAAGCCCAGCUCAGCCAGACACAGGCAGAACAAGCUGCUCAGUUGAGUUCCAUGCAGCAGGUGGUCCGAGAGAAAGAUGCCCGCUUUGAAACACAGGUUCGUCUUCAUGAAGAUGAGCUGCUUCAGUUAGUAACCCAGGCAGAUGUGGAAACAGAGAUGCAACAGAAGUUGAGGGUGCUACAGAGGAAGCUUGAAGAGCAUGAAGAAGCCUUGGUGGGCCGUGCUCAGGUCGUGGACUUGCUGCAGCAGGAGCUGACCGCUGCUGAGCAGAGAAACCAGAUUCUCUCUCAGCAGUUACAGCAGAUGGAAGCUGAACGUAAUACUUUAAGGAACACUGUGGAAACAGAAAGGCAAGAGUCUAAGAUGCUGAUGGAAAAGAUGAAACUUGAAGUGGCAGAGAGAAAAUUAUCCUUCCAUAACCUGCAGGAAGAAAUGCAUCAUCUUCUGGAACAGCUUGAGCAAGCAGGUCAAGCACAGGCUGAACUGCAGUCCCAGUACAGUGCUUUGGAGCAGAAGCACAAAGUGGAAAUGGAAGAGAAGACCUCCCACAUCGUGAGUCUUCAAAAGACUGAGCAAGAAUUACAUUCUGCCUGUGAUGCUCUCAAGGAUGAAAAUUCAAAGCUUGUCCAAGAUAAGAGUGAAGAGGCAGUUCAUUCAGCCCAGGCCAUUCAGCACCUGGAAGAUCAACUACAGCAAAAAUCCAAAGAAAUUAGCCAAUUUUUAAAUAAACCAACCUUGCAAAAACAUGAAACAGCAUCUCAGACUUCUUGCCCAGGUGUCUAUACUGAGGACACACAGGCUGUCACUGAGGAGAAUAUUGCCUUUUUGCAGAAGAGAGUGGUAGAACUAGAGAAUGAAAAGGGAGCCUUGCUCCUUAGUUCUAUACAGCUAGAGGAGCUGAAAGCUGAGAAUGAAAAACUAUCUUCUCAGAUUACCGUCCUGGAGGCUCAGAAUAGAAAUGGAGAGGCAGAUACACAAGUCAGUGAGGUCAGCAUGGUUGAUAUUACUGGACUCAACAAGAGCAGCUCUUCUUUUGCUGAGGAAAGUGGACAAGAUGUCCUAGAGAGCACAUUUUCUCAGAAGCAUAAAGAACUAUCAGUUUUAUUGUUGGAAAUGAAAGAAGCUCAAGAGGAGAUUGCAUUUCUUAAGCUGCAGCUUCAGGGCAAAAGGGCAGAGGGGGACCCUAAGCCCCUUGACCAGAAUCAACUGGAACAGAUAGAGAAUGAAGGACUAUCUACAGUUGGAAUGGAAACAUUGCUUGAAGAUACAAGGCAACAACUUCCUGAAAUACUAGAUGAAGAGAGCAGUCUUCCAACAAUUGAAAAAGAAGAGCAGAUGAGCACUAAACAUCAAAACAGAGAAUCUGAGGAAAUAUCUUUAAGAAGUGACACUGGAAUGGAAUUGAAAUCAGAGCAGGAUGAUGUUGAUAAACCCCCUUCAGCUGUACCAGAUAUUUGUCAGUGUCACCAAGAUGAAUUAGAAAGGCUCAAAAGGCAAAUUUUGGAGCUUGAGGUAAGCUUUCAUAAAGCAGAAGAAGUCUAUGAGAAAAAUUUAGAUGAGAAAGCUAAGGAAAUAAGCAACCUAACCCAGGCGAUUGAGGAGUUUAAGAAAAAUGCUGAAAACACCACCAGUGCAUUCACUGCUUUGUCCGAAGAAAGAGACCAGCUUCUUUCUCAGGUGAAGGAGCUGAGUGUGGUAACAGAACUGAGGGCUCAGGUACAGCAACUGGAAGUGAACCUUGCAGAAACAGAAAGGCAAAGAAGCCUUGACUAUGAAACUCAAACAACUCAUCACAACUUGCUUACUGAACAGAUCCACAGUCUCAGCAUAGAAGCCAAAUCUAAGGAUGUGAAAAUUGAAGUUUUACAGAAGGAACUGGAUGAUGUGCAGCUCCAGUUUUCAGAGCAGAAUACUCUGAUGAAAAGCCUGCAGAGCCAGCUGCAGAAGAAGGAAAGUGAAGGGCUUGAGUGGGCAGAACGUGUGAGGGAUCUGUCGAAUAAGAUGGAAGAACUUUCCCAGGCGCUCUCACAGAAGGAGCUUGAAAUAGCAAAGAAGGAUCAACUCUUACUGGAGAAAAAGAGAGAUGUGGAAACCCUCCAGCAAACCAUCGAGGAGAAGGAUCAACAAGUGACAGAAAUCAGCUUUAGUAUGACUGAGAAAAUGGUUCAGCUUAAUGAGGAAAAGUUUUCUCUUGGGAUUGAAAUUAAGACUCUUAAAGAACAGCUAAAUUUAUUAUCCAGAGCUGAAGAGGCAAAAAAAGAGCAGGUGGAAGAAGCUAAGGAAAUUGUUUCUGGCCUAAAACAGCAUUUUGACGACUUAAGCCCAGCAGGGCCAGUAAGUAAAGAACUGCAGCGUGAGUUAGACCUUGUAAAGAAAGAAAGUGAACAGAGAAAGAGAAAGCUCCAGGCGGCUCUUAUUAACAGAAAGGAACUUCUACAGAAAGUCAGGAGAUUAGAAGAGGAAUUGGCCAAAGUAAAAGAUGAGUCUAGGCAAGAGACCCUGCUCAGCGAGAGUGAGAACAAGGAAAUGGAGGAAGACAAGGAAAGUAAAGAAGACCCAGAAAAAUGUAUGACUCCUAAGUGCCAAGAAAUAGAAAUGUCUUUAAGACAGACAAUAUCUGAGAAAGAAGUAGAACUAGAUCAUGUAAGGAAGGAUUUGGAAGAAAAAGUUGCAGCUGAAGAACAGUUACAGGCUGUAGUUAAACAGAUGAAGCAGAACUUGCAAGAGAAGAUAAACCAAAUAGAUUUGCUGCAAGCAGAAAUCAUGGAAAACCAAGCCCUUAUCCAAAAGUUAAGCACAAGCAAUAAGGAUGCGGGUGAUGGAGACUCAGUAGCACCUGUAAAAGAAGCAGUGGCGAUCAGUCUACCUGGUGCAGGUGGUGGAGAACACUGGAAACCAGAGCUGGAAGAAAAGAUAUUGGACCUCGAAAAAGAAAAGGUGCAACUUCAAAAGAAGCUACAGGAAGUGUUAACCUCUCGCAAGAUGAUUCUACAAAAGACACAGGAAAAAGAAAGAUCUCUUAGGGAGGAGUUAAAGAGACAGAAAGAUGACUGUAAUCGCCUGCAAGAACAGUUUGAUGAGCAAAGCAAAGAAAAUGAGAACAUUGGAGAACAGCUAAGACAACUCCAGGUUCAAAUAAGGGAGUCUCAAGACAGAAAACUCCCAGGCAUUGACCAGAAGGAACCAGGCUUUCCCACUCAAGGUUUAGAAGAACCUUUAUUCAAAGCCACAGAGCAGAAACCUGCUCAACCUGUUCCAGAGUCUGUCUUGUGCCCAGACUGGCCUUCUCAUCCUGGAGAUGCAAGUGCUCUGCAGGGUGAUACUUCUGUGGUCCAGAUGAAGACCCAGCUGAAAGAAAUAGAGGCUGAGAAAGAGGAGUUAGAAUUGAAGGUCAGUUCUACAACAAGUGAACUUACUAAAAAAUCAGAAGAGGUAUUGCAGUUACAAGAGCAGAUAAAUAAACAGGGUUUAGAAAUCCAAAGUCUGAAGAUAGCGUCCCAUGAAGCUGAAGCUCAUGCAGAAAGCCUGAGGCAGAAAUUGGAAAGCAGCCAGCUAGAAAUCGCUGAAUUAGGACAUUUAAGGGAAUUACAGCCUGAGCUAGAUAAACUGCAGAGACUCCUCAGCCAAAAGGAAGAAAAAGCUAGACACCUUUCUGGACAGCUUAGUGAGAAAGAAGAGGCCUUUACUAAAGUACAGACAGAGAUAAUAGAACAAGAGGAUUUAAUUAAGGCUCUUCAUACACAGCUGGAAAUGCAAGCCAAAGAAUAUGACGAGAAGAUAAAGCAGUUGCAAGUGGAACUUUGUGAAAUGAAACAAAAACCAGAAGAGAUUGGAGAAGAAAGCAAAGCAAAGCAACAAAUACAGAGGAAACUGCAAGCUGCCCUUAUUUCCCGAAAAGAAGCCCUGAAAGAAAACAAAGGUCUCCAAGAGGAGUUGUCUUUGGCCAGAGAUACCAUUGACCAUCUCACUAAGUCUCUGGCAAAUGGGGAAAGACAACUUUCUGCUCAAAAUAAAGAAAAAGAACUAUUCUUAGGAAAGUUAGCUCUUCUUCAGGAAGAAAGAGACAAACUCAUUACAGAAAUGGACAAAUCUUUAAUGGAAAAUCAAAGCCUCAAUGGCUCUUGUGAAAGUCUGAAAUUAGCUCUGGAGGGUCUUACUGAAGACAAGGAAAACUUAAAGAAGGAAAUUGAUUCUUUGAAAUGCUCUAAGAUUGCAGAAAGUACCGAGUGGCAAGAGAAACACAAAGAGUUACAAAAAGAGUACGAAAUUCUUCUGCAGUCCUAUGAGAAUGUUAGUAAUGAGGCAGAAAGGAUUCAGCAUGUGUUGGAAACUGUGAGGCAAGAGAAGCAAGAACUAUAUGGCAAGUUAAGAAGCACAGAAGCAAACAAGAAAGAGGCAGAAAAGCAGUUGCAGGAAGCUGAACGGGAAAUGGAGGAAAUGAAAGAAAAGAUGAGAAAGUUUGCUAAAUCUAAACAGCAGAAAAUCCUGGAGUUGGAAGAAGAGAAUGAUCGGCUUAGAGCAGAGGUACACCCUGCAGGAGGAACAUCUAAAGAUGGUAUGGAAGCCCUUCUUUCUUCCAAUUCCACCAUGAAGGAGGAACUAGAAAGGGUCAAAUCAGAGUAUGGAAUCCUUUCUAAAGAGUUUGAGGCUUUAAUAACUGAGAAGGACUCUCUCAGUAAAGACGUUCAAGAUUUAAAGCAUCAGAUAGAAGGUAAUGUUUCCAAACAAGUUAGCCUAGAAACCUCUGAGAAACAUGACAGCCAAAUGGGUAUGACUGAAGAGACAACACAGGCUGUCCCAGGUGAGGCUAAGGAGCAAGACUCUCUGAGUAUGGGCACAAGGCCUGAAUAUUCAGAAUCCAUUCUAUCAGAGAACAGUGCCAAGCCUGAUAUAAGUGAGAAUGUCAGCUCAUGUGCUGAAAUUAAUAACUACCUACAGCAGAUUGAUCAGCUCAAAGAAAAAAUUGAUGAAUUAGAGGAGGAGAAGCAGAAAGAAAAGGAAUUUGGUCAGACUUUAGAAAAUGAGAGAAAUGCAUUAUUGAGUCAAAUAUCAGUAAAGGAUGGUGAACUAAAAAUGCUUCAGGAAGAAGUAACCAAAAUAAACCUGUUAAAUCAGCAAAUCCAAGAAGAACUUGCCAGAGUUACUAAGCUAAAGGAAACAGCAGAGGAAGAGAAAGAUGAUCUGGAAGAAAGGCUUAUGAAUCAGUUAGCAGAACUCAAUGGAAGCAUUGGGAAUUAUUAUCAGGAUGUUACAGAUGCCCAAAUAAAAAAUGAGUUACUCGAAUCUGAAAUGCAGAACCUUAAAAAGUGUGUGAGUGAAUUGGAAGAAGAAAAGCAGCAGCUCGUUAAGGAGAAAACCAAGGUGGAAUCAGAAAUACGAAAAGAAUAUUUGGAGAAAAUUCAAGGUGCUCAGAAGGGACCUGUCAAUAAAAGCCACGCUAAGGAACUUCAGGAGCUGCUAAAAGAAAAACAACAAGAAGUCAAGCAGCUUCAGAAGGACUGCAUCAGGUACCAAGAAAAAAUCAGUGCUCUGGAGAGAACUGUUAAGGCCCUAGAAUUUGUUCAAACUGAGUCUCAAAAAGAUUUGGAAAUAUCCAAAGAAAACCUGGCUCGAGCCAAUGAACACCGAAAGAAGGCAGAAACAGAAUUAGCUAGCUUCAAAGUACUGCUAGAUGACACUCAGAGUGAAGCAGCAAGGGUCCUAACAGACAAUCUCAAGCUGAAAAAAGAACUUCAGUCAAGUAAAGAAUCAGUUAAAAGCCAAAUGAAGCAAAAGGAUGAAGAUCUUGAGCGAAGAUUGGAGCAGGUAGAAGAGAAACACCUGAAAGAGAGGAAGAAUAUGCAAGAGAAACUGGAUGCUUUGAGUAGAGAAAAGGUCCACUUGGAAGAGACAUUUGGAGAGAUUCAGGUUACUCUGAACAAGAAAGACAAAGAAGUCAAGCAACUUCAGGAAAACUUAGAUACUACUGUGGCCCAGCUUGCAGCUUUCACUAAGAGCAUGUCUUCCCUCCAGGAUGAUCGAGACAGGGUGAUAGAUGAAGCCAAGAAAUGGGAGAGAAAGUUCAGUGAUGCUAUUCAAACCAAAGAAGAAGAAGUUAGACUCAAAGAGGAGAAUUGCAGUGUUCUAAAGGAUCAACUUAGGCAGAUGUCCAUCCAUAUGGAGGAAUUGAAGAUCAACAUUUCCAGGCUUGAACAUGACAAGCAGAUUUGGGAGUCCAAGGCCCAGACAGAGGUCCAGCUUCAACAGAAGGUCUAUGAUACUUUACAAGGAGAAAACAAAGAACUUUUGUCCCAGCUAGAAGAGACUCAACAUCUAUACCAGAAUUCUCAGAGUGAAUUAGCUAAGUUGGAGUCAGAACUUCAGAUUCUCAGACACCAGUCAACUGAUUUAAAUAACUCUUUAGAUAGAUGUAAGGAAAAUAAAGAAAAUUUGGAAGGGAUCAUAAAGCAGCAAGAGGCUGAAAUCCAAAAUUGUAAGUUCAGUUAUGAACAGCUAGAGACUGACCUUCAGGCCUCCAGACAACUGACGAGUAAGCUGCAUAAAGAAAUAAACUUGAAAGAGCAGAAGAUUAUAAGCCUUCUUUCUGCCAAGGAACAGGCAAUCCAAGUAGCUGUGACUGAACUGCAUCAGCAACAUGAUAAAGAAAUUAAAGAACUGGAAAACCUGCUGUCCCAGGAGGAAGAGGAAAAUAUUGUCUUAGAAGAGGAGAACAAAAAAGCUGUUGACAAAACCAAUCAGCUUGUGGAAACGCUGAAAGCCAUCGAAAAGGAAAACAUGCAGCAGAAGGCUCAGUUGAAUUCCUUCGUUAAAUCCAUGUCUUCUCUCCAGGAUGACCGAGACCGCGUACUAGGUGACUACCAACAGCUGGAAGAGCGACAUCUCUCCGUAAUCUUAGAAAAAGACCAACUCAUCCAAGAUGCUGCUGCUGAGAAUAAUAAGCUUAAAGAAGAAAUGCGAUGCUUGAGAAGUCAUAUGGAUGAUCUCAAUUCCGAGAAUGCCAAGCUAGAUGCAGAACUGAUCCAGUAUAGGGAAGACCUGAACCAAGUGAUAUCAAGAAAGGACUGUCAGCAAAAAGAACUCCUUGAAGCCCAAUUUCAGCAGAAUAGGGAGCUGAAAAGUGAAUGUGCUAAAUUAGAAGAAAAGCUGAAGGAGUUUGAGGAAGCAAAGGAGGAUCUGCAGAGGUCUUCCAUUGUCCUAGAGGAAGAGAAACAAGGUUUAUCUAAAGAGAUUGAGAGCUUGAAAGGAUCUAUAUCCCAACUAAAGCAACAAUUGACAGCCUUGCAAGAAGAAGGCACUUUAGGAAUAUUUCAGGCCCAAUUAAAAGUAAAAGAAGAAGAGGUACAGAAGUUAAGUAUGAACCUUUCGUCCUCCCAAAAGAGAACUGCAGAACUGGAAGAGGAAGUAGUUUGUGUUCAGAAGGAAGCUGCCAAGAAGGUAGGUGAAAUUGAAGAUAAACUGAAGAAAGAGUUAAAGCAUCUUCAUCAUGAUGCAGGGAUAAUGCGAAAUGAAACAGAAACAGCAGAAGAGAGGGUGGCAGAACUAGCAAGAGAUCUGGUGGAAAUGGAACAGAAGUUACUCAUGGUCACCAAAGAAAAUAAAGAUCUCAUGGCACAAAUCCAGUCUUUUGGAAGGUCUAUGAGUUCCCUGCAAAGCAGUAGAGAUCAUGCCAAUGAGGAGCUUGAUGAAUUGAAAAAGAAAUAUGAUGCCAGUCUGAAGGAGUUGGCACAGCUGAGAGAGGAACAGGGCCUUGUAAGCAGAGAGAGAGAGACUCUUGUUUCUAAAGCUGCCUUUCCAGGGAACUCUAGUGAGGAUCACAGCUUGCCUCACCUUGAGAAAAUUAAUCAACAGCUUCUAUCCAAAGAUGAGCAACUGCUUCACUUGUCCUCACAGCUAGAAGAUUCUUACAACCAAGUGCAUUCCUUUUCCAAGGCUAUGGCCAGUCUACAAAAUGAGAGAGAGCACCUGUUGAGUGAACUGGACAAGUACCGCAAGACAGAGGAAGGGAAGCAGAGGUCUGCAGCCCCGCCUGCAACCAGCCUAGCUGAAGUACAGAGUUUAAAAAAGGCUAUGUCAUCACUCCAAAAUGACAGAGACAGACUACUUAAGGAAUUGAAGAAUCUGCAGCAGCAAUACUUACAGGUGAACCAAGAAAUCACUGAGUUACGUCCACUGAGGGCUCAACUUCAGGAGUAUCAAGAUAAGACAAAAACAUUUCAGAUUAUGCAAGAAGAGCUCAGGCAGGAAAACGUCUCCUGGCAGCAUGAGCUGCAUCAGCUCAGGAUAGAGAAGAGUUCCUGGGAAAUCCAUGAGAGGAGAAUGAAGGAGCAGUACCUUAUAGCUAUCUCAGAUAAGGAUCAGCAGCUGCGUCACCUGCAGAAUCUUAUGAGGGAAUUGAGGUCUUCUUCCCAGACCGAUACACUCAAAGUGCAAUACCAAAAACAGGCUUCUCCAGAGUCAGCAGCUUCUCUAGAUGGAUCACAAAACCUAGUUUAUGAGACAAAACUUAGGACUCAGCUCAAUGACAGCUUAAAGGAAAUUCACCAGAAGGAAUUAAGAAUUCAGCAACUGAACAGCAAGUUCUCCCAGCUUUUAGAAGAGAAAAAUACCCUUUCAGUUCAGCUCUCUGAUACCAGUCAGAGUCUUCGUGAGAACCAGCAACACUACAGUGACCUUUUUAAUCACUGUGCAGUCUUGGAGAAGCAGGUUCAAGAGCUGCAAGCGGGGCCAGCAAACAUAGAUGUUGCUCCAGGAGCUCCCCAGGAAAAGAGUGGAAUGCUCAGGAAGAGUGAUCCUGGAGAACUGAGGGAGCCACAGCUAAGCUUUUCUGAAGCCCAGCAGCAGCUGUGCAACACUAAACAGGAGGUGAAUGAAUUGAGGAAGCGACUGGAGGAAGAGCGAGACCAAAGAGUGGCUGCUGAGACUGCCCUCUCCGUGGCCGAGGAGCAGAUCAGGCGGUUGGAGCACAGUGAAUGGGACUCCUCCCGGUCUCCUCUCAUUGGCUCCUGUGGCACCCAGGAGCAGGCACUGUUAAUAGAUCUCACGAGCAGCAGCUGUCGAAGGACCCGGAGCAUUGCUGGCUGGAAGCGGGUCGCGCGCUCGCUCUGUCAUUCGCGGACCCGCGUGCCCCUGCUCGCACUUGUCUACUUCCUCAUAGUUCAUGUCCUCCUCUUUCUGUGUUUCACAGGCCAUCUGUAAACUUAGUUCUCACCUUUGGACCACUUCCCUCAGAACUAGGAAUCACCCUCACCUCUAACAUGAAAACCAUCAAUUCCAGUGGGACAGCCUACCCCCUGACAGGUCCUCUCUCCAACUCCACAGAAAGUGCCUGCAAAAACAGAGGUGGGCAUGAGCACAGGGUAGAGCUGCAGGGACCAGCAUGUCUUUUUCCUUCUGCUGUGCAGGGCCUGAACACUUCUGCAUCAUCUGAGUAGGCACCAUGGCUCGUGGUUGAGUCCAGUAUUUAUUCAGGUUUGGCAGGGCCCUGAUCUUCUGUGGGCUGUAAAUGGUUCCAAUAAGCUGAAUAAUCUGAAGUCCAGUAUCAUUUUGAUUGAUAGUUUCUUUGCCUUGUUUAUUUUUUCUUGCAUCAGAAGGAAGGUGGAUCUGCCGGAAACAAAGUCCUGGGGAACAGUCUCUCACAGGAUAGCUGAUCAGGUCUCUCACAGAAUAGGGUGGGAGCUGAAGAACUCCCAAGGGGUUUUAGCUUUGGGUCACAGGAGGACAGCAUCUCCUUCCUUGGCUGCUCAGACGUAAUUGGAGUGAGGUUUGUGGGCCUGGACUGUGAGGAUAGGUUGCCAUUGCUGUGCCCUCGAUCACGUGUACACUAAGGCUUUGAGUGGCCCAUGCCUGUCCGUUCACUUGAAAGAAAGAACUGACUAUGGAUAGCGGAUUCAGAUUCUUGUCAUUCCUGCAUUAUCUGGAUAUACCUUGAAUGUGGACCCUACGACAGACAGUACACCAGGAGCCAGUGCUAGGGGAGGCCCUGACUCCCAGCUGGGGAGAUGUGACUGGUCUAACGCUCACUCCUAGCUUCUUGAUGCAUCGAGCUACUUAGCUAUUGAUGACAGUCGCUCCAGUUUCUCAGCCCCAUAAUCAUCUGCCUUCUGUGGUAACAGAGCUGAGAAAAAUGGAAGAAGACUAUAGAGAAGGCAGAAUAUCUAAAUUUAAGCCUGAGAAAAAUAGCCAGAGUUGACCUCUGUCUGUGCCUGCUCCCCACCCCCCUCCUGACCCGCACUCUUUGGUUAUGUUCUCAGUGUGCACAUGAUGCAGUUCCUGCGCUCUCACCACCCUCAGAGGAGAGAAAACAGGUGGACUGACUGAACUGCUCUAAUCCUUUGUUCUGUGGUGACCAAAUCUUGGUCACAGCAAUCCAGGAACUUCCCUGAACAACUGUAAAUUAAUAAAAUUAUUUUCAGAAUGAAAA